CUCUCAUAAAUUGUUUCCAAUGGACUCCAAUUCUAAUUCCAUCUCCUUCUCCUAAAGACUUCAAAAACAAAAUUCAGUAGGAAGAGUAGUCAGACUGGAGAAAAACCAGUGCCCAAGAAAACACACACCCAAAUAAAAACCAGCCAAGAAAACCUGCGAAAUUUAUGGUGUUUUGUUCUGUCUCAUCGGAUUCCGAAGUGCAGACGUUCCCUCCGACGACCGGAACCGUACCUAAACCACCCAUGUCAUUCACUGUCUCAGCCAAGUCCCACCAACAACCUCUCCACAACUUUCCCUUAACCGGAUUGAAAUGGCCUAACAGCAAUCCCACCACCACUACAACCACCAACACCACCACUUCCCAACACCAGCCGAGGCUCAGAAACGAGUUGGCCCAGAAGUCACCGCUCCAUGACUCGUCGUCGGAAGGGGUCGAACCUAAGUUGAAUGACAACCCAAUGAACGGUUUAUCCAAUGAACGGCCUCAGUCUGUGAAGAAAAUUACGUUUUCCGAAUGUCUGGUCGAGAAUUCGGAGGACAAAAUAAAUUCGGUUGCUGCAGAGGAUUUGAAAUCCAAGGUCUUGUUGCGUUUGCGUCCGAAGAGCAAAUUCGCUAAUGAGGCUGUGGAAACAGUAGGUGUUCAGACCCAGAAGCCGGUUCUUGAUGAUGUUUACGAGGAGAUGCCCAAAACGUGGAAUUUGAGGCCCAGAAAACCGGUGGCGAAGCCCUCCUCCGCCGGUGGAAGCCCACCACCGAGGACUGGAGGGUCGGCGGUGCAGGAGAACAAGACCCCAAUGCAACAAGCGCGACCUGAAUUAGCCGGGUCCUUACGGGUGGGAGGUGAGACCAGAGCUGCUGAGAAGAAGAAGAAUAGGAAGUUCUCGAUUUCGCUUUCCAAACAAGAGAUCGAAGACGAUAUCAUCGAGAUGACCGGGUCGAGGCCCACCAAGAGGCCCAAAAAGAGAGCUAGGGCUGUGCAGAAACAACUUGAUAAUGUUUUCCCGGGCUUGUGGUUGUCUUCGAUAACACCAGAUGUCUACAGAGUCCCUGAUACUCCUAUUAAGGGAUAGAUACAUUGUCUAAAAUGUUGGAGCUUUGAAGACUAAUGAGUGCUUUAAGCAUUUUGACAUCAACUGGAGGUAUAACAAACCAUAGAACUUGAAGAUGAAAGGACAGUUAAUUUAUCACAUAUUGCUGCCUUUGUCUAUUGCAGAGCCUGGGGAAUGUCGAAACAUUUUAUCUUUUUUAGCUGUUACAAAUAGUUAUUAGUGUUCUUACUAAUAAGAAAAGAAGAAGAAGAAGAAGAAGUAGUAGUGUAGUUGCAAAUGUAAAUAGUUUUAUCUGUUAUCUUUUGGACGAAUAAAGAUCUAUAAUGGCUUUGGUUUAUAAUACUAGUUAAUACAUUGUCUUUUCUGUUGAAUUGAA